AUGGAGGCUCAUAAGUUUUUAUGGCAGGAGAUCAAAGAUCACCAUGACUCGCCUCUUAUACAAAAUAAGCAUAUGGGGAAGCAUUUCCAUGUCGAUGUUCAUCCGAUGCGGGAUUUCCAAACGGUUGUUAACCUCUGUUCUCUCUCGGAUGUGGCCUCUCAUGUUCUCCUUUUUACAUGGUGUUAUAAGAGGGAAAAUGAUUUGAUUCUUAAAAAGCUUGAUAGAGUGAUGGCGAAUUCUGCAUGGAAACGAUCGAAUCCACACGCUUAUAUCGUGUUUAAUGUUGGGGGUUGUUCAGAUCAUUUGAAUUUUCGGAUCAUGGUGAAGGGAGCACAGUUUAACUUUGUUAAUCUGUUGACGAAAAUGGAGGAGUAUCUACCGAUAGUUGGUUCCUAUUGGCAGGACACACAACCUCUGUUUUUAUCCACUUCCUCUCUUUUCCGCUUUUCUAAGAAGCGUAAAGGCUUAGAAUCAGCUCUGCGGUCUUUGGAAAAUCAUCAUUUGGGUAAUCUGGUUUGGAAGAGUAAGGAAGCUUUUGAUUCGUUGUGCAAAAAGCAACAUGCCAACUUGGCUAAUCCAUCACCACAGCCAAUGGAGGUGGAGAACACUGCUUUUAAGCAAUGGGAGUUCUUAGCUUGUCUGGAGGAGAAAUAUCUUAAGCAAAAAUCAAAGUUGCAUUGGUUGCAAGUGGGUGAUAGGAAUAACAAAGCUUUCCCUAGAGCGGCUACAAUGCGGGCAGCUAUGAAUUCUGUUAAGGAGAUACAAUGCCAAGACAAAAGAGUGGUUGUGAAGGAGGAUGAAAUUAAGGUGGAGUCUGAACGAUAA